AUGGAGUACGAAUACGCCUACUAUCGUCCUGGCGACAGCCAGGCGUACCAAGAAAUGCGCCAAAAAUUUACCAGGGAUGCAUUCUUCCGCUUAGGAAAUGAGUUGCAGAUGCAACGGCCUGCAUCUGUAGCUACCGAGUUCGUUGACACAGACUGGGACGAGGAAAUCAUGAGUGAAGCCGAAGACAACUCCCCGCGCGUCAGUCUGCAAUCGUCUGGCCAGCCGAGUUUUACAACUGUGUCAUCAUAUGAUGAAGCACCGACUCCACGGUCGAGCAGGGGACGGGAGGCAUACCCUGAGCACAUAUUCAAGCCAGUGGAAGGACCAAGCGGCCCUCAUCUAUUUCGAAGCUCAACAGACUCGCCCCUGGUGGACGAUGACUUCAUUUUAACGCUCUCGCCUGUCACCCCGAAGGCUCAGAGAGGCAUCGGCGAUCUUCUGGAUAGACCUCCGAUGCCGCGAAGGAGCGGUCCUUUCCAAUACACAUCUGUAGAGCUUGAUUCUCUUCCCCUUGCGUCGUGGACACCGGAGAUGGUCGCACAGUCGAUGCUCAAUGCUGGCAUUGAGCUGUCCGUGGCCGAUCGGUUCAUUGAGAAUGACAUCAAUGGCGCCAUCUUGAUAACGUUGAAAUUCGAGGACUUGCGAGAACUUGAUAUUCAAUCUUUCGGGAUUCGCACCAAAGUAUGGCAUCAGAUCCAGACACUUAGAGAUAGUAGACCCUCUUCCCCCCGACCAGCCACACCAAUCGAGGACGCGCCCAGCAGAGAAGCUUGCAGAGAGACUAGAAACAAGGCCCAGACUGGAGUGAACAGAAGCCAGAGCAACAAACGUCGGGCCCGUCGCAAGCUCUCCGCCGAGGAGGACAUCGUCCAUCCAAUGGAAUCAGUCUCUAUCAUCGGUAUCGAACAAGUCAUCCCAAAACCUCAUAAUUGUUCAAAAGGAGAAAAUUGUCACAAAUGGAGGAAAAACCAAAAACUUCUCAACGACUUGAAGAAAGCCAACCCAACUGUUGAUGUCUACGCUGGAAGGAGUGUGAUGAUCUUCGGAGAUGCAGGCAAUCCUGAAACGGCCAGGGCCAUUGACCCUCAUGAAACUUUUCGGCCCGUAUCAGACGCAGUUCCUUCUGUUGUUGCUUCCUCUGAUGUCAUGGGUCCUGGUGGCUUGCCUCCUUUGCAAUAUCUUCAGGAAGCCACAUUGCGAGGCAUUCAGGCUCGAGACCCCCAGGAUAAUGUCCGCCAGUUCUUGAAGUUUCAACAAAAGAAUAGCUCGGACCAGGUGCCACCGACACCACCGUUUGAGAUUCUUCCGUCGGCCAAGAUGCCUCACCAAGGCUUGCGUCAACUACCAAAGCUCUCCAUCCCUGGAAAACCACUUCAAGGUACUCCUUUGAGGACAUCUACAGUCCCUCAGCCCACCGAGCCUCAGCGACAAGAGCUAGCUGCAGGCCAGCCGGUGCAGCAAGUGCAACGACAAGCGAUACAGCCACCAGAGUUCGUCCCGUAUCGCAUGAAUAAAGCUGAUCCCUUGUCCCCAGAUUUGGAAACUCCCCGAAACCCUUUCAGGUUUGGGACCCCAUUCUCCGAGUUGGACGUCCCCAUCACGGCAGUACCCGCUGGACCAGUAGCUCGCGACACUUCACAGUCCGUACCUCCGGAUAUGAACUAUCGAGUGCCUCACGCUGCUCGAUCCCAAUCAAGAGCAUCCAACCGGCGUCCCUCCUUCCCAAUUCUACCCUCCGUGGAUGAGAAUGGCGUGGUACUCCAGAGAUCUAAAACACCAUCCCCAAAGAGCACCUCACCUAUCUACCGCGUGCAGCAGCAGCUACAGAAACAGCCACUUCGAGCUCCCCCUCGCUUCAAUUACCCCUGGUCUCCAGCUGAGCGUAGCAGCUUUGAGAACGCCAUCCCUCCUGCGUCAACCCUCCAUCCUGGCGGUGGCCAUGACGCAUUAGCAAUGGCCAGUGGCAUUACACAUCAGGGGCCGAUGAAGAAGCGGAAGACACGACUGCUCCGCAAUGAGUGGCAAGAUGGAUACUUUACCCUGAAGGGAAGUAGACUCAACAUGCACAAGGAUGGGCAAGAGUUGGACCGAACUCUUGAAUACAUCGACAUUGACGACUAUGCGAUUGCCUGCUCUAGUCUUGCAUCUACGUCCAAGCUCAAUGCCGCCUUCAAAGCAGUUCGUAUUUCUCACAACCGUGAGAAGAGUGACCCAGUAGGGGCUUUCAGCUUUCAGCUUAUUCCCCAAGACAAGAGUGCUGGAACUCGUCUGCGCAAGCGAGACAGUUCCAUGAGCGGUGUAAACGGCAAUUCCACCCCGUCCGAGGGCGUAAAUGGAACAGGAAAAACGCACCAUUUCGCUGUCAAGAGCCGUGAUGAUCGCAUCGAUUGGAUGCGUGAGCUGAUGCUAGCAAAAGCUAUGAAGCAAAAAGGUGAGGGUUUCGAGAUUAGCGUCAACGGAAACAUGAUCUAG